AUGGAUUUUUCUCGCGAAGAAAACAGAUAUGCUCCGGUGGAGACCCUCCGUUCAACGCCAAGCGCCGUCAUGCUGAAAGUGACGUAUUCAUCAUUGACGUCACCCAAUUCGGAGGUUCCGCUUCAGGCUUUGGUUGUUAACACCCACAAAUUCGACUCCGUCUAUGAGCUCACGGAAGAAUAUACGCUUGCGAGGCGCUGCGUCCACAAGAAUGUCGUGGCGCCGCAUGUCUCUUUCACGGCGCCUCUCGGGGACGAAAGAUCCGGCUAUCUAUGGGUAGUUAUGCCGUUGGUGUCUAGAUUUUCGCUGAGGUCGAUGAUGAUGAUGUCGCCGGCGUUUAGGUCUGGGUUGCCGGAGCCGGUGGUCGGAUUUGUUCUCCGGGAAAUCUUGGAGGGUUUGGAUUGCAUCCACCGCUUCGGUGGCGGGAAGGUACACGGGAAUGUCAACGCCGGUUGCAUAUACAUCGACGAGGAGAUGACGACGGUGAAGUUGGCGUUCCGUUCCUUGACGUGCGAGGAGUCAACGACGCCGUGGCGGGAGUGCAAGACGGAGCCGGAGAUGACAAACCCUAGCCUGCCGCCGUGCGCGGCGGCGGCCGAUAUCUGGGCGUUUGGAUUGCUAAUCUUGGAGCUUCUUUACGGGGAGAUUCCCGUUGAUACUCACGACGGAUUGCAGGAAUUCAUCAACAACGACGCCAUUAUUGUCCCCAAAUCAAGAAAAUAUGGUUAUUUAUUGAAGCCACUUUGUGGCCGGAAUCCGGCCGGAAACGGCGGCGCUGGGAGGGUUUCCCGUCCACUUGGAGAAAUAAUUAAGGAAUGUCUUUGUAAAGAUCCAAAGAAGAGACCAACUACACAACAAUUACUGGAACAUGAUUACUUUAAGCUCUCCAAAGGAAAAGGAAGGUACGAUGUUAAGAAGGUUUUGGUACGGUUGCAGAAGCAUGCAGUUAGUUAG